UUCUCGUUGUGCGCGAGAAAUGCCGGGAUGUCGUAACGCGCAUGCUCGAGAAGGCCACGUAUUUUGAGCCAGCUCGUCUGUCUUAUCUUUGCAUAUAUAUUGUCAGUUGUUUGUCACCAUUAGUUAUAAUACACACCAAAAGCUCAAACAAUGCCUUUAAGGUUGGACAUCAAGCGCAAGCUGUCUGCACGAUCUGAUCGUGUGAAAUGUGUGGAUCUGCACCCCUCAGAACCAUGGAUGUUAGCUAGUCUGUACAAUGGCAAUGUUCAUGUCUGGAAUCAUGAGUCACAGCAACUUAUCAAGUCCUUUGAAGUAUGUGAACCCCCUGUCCGUGCUGCAAGGUUUGUGGCCAGAAAAAACUGGAUAAUUACAGGAUCGGAUGACAUGAAAGUGAGGGUGUUCAACUACAACACAUUGGAAAGAGUGCAAGAGUUUGAGGCCCAUUCAGACUAUCUUCGUUCAAUUGCUGUUCAUCCUACACAACCAUUUAUACUGACGAGUAGUGAUGACAUGCUGAUUAAACUCUGGGACUGGGAAAAGAAAUGGACAUGUACACAGGUGUUUGAAGGCCACACACAUUAUGUGAUGCAGAUUGUUAUCAACCCUAAAGACAACAACCAGUUUGCUUCAGCAUCCCUAGACAGAACCAUUAAAGUUUGGCAGUUGGGGUCAACAACACCAAACUUCACCUUGGAAGGCCAUGAGAAGGGAGCUAACUGUGUCGACUAUUAUACAGGAGGAGACAAGCCUUACCUGAUCUCUGGAGCAGACGACAGGCUUGUGAAGAUCUGGGAUUAUCAGAACAAGACGUGUGUGCAGACUCUAGAAGGUCAUGCUCAGAACAUUGCAGCUGUGUCCUUCCACCCUGAGCUUCCUAUCAUCCUCACAGGAUCAGAAGAUGGCACAGUGCGUAUUUGGCAUGCCAACACCUAUCGGUUGGAGAGCACAUUGAACUACGGACUUGAGAGAGUAUGGACCAUUGCUUGUCAAAAGGGAUCCAACAAUGUGGCCAUUGGCUAUGAUGAAGGCAGCAUCAUUAUCAAGCUAGGACGGGAAGAACCUGCAAUGUCCAUGGACUCGAGUGGCAAGAUUAUCUGGGCUAAGCAUUCAGAGAUACAGCAGGCCAACAUCAAAGCUAUUGGUGACCAGGAAAUAAAGGAUGGUGAGCGUCUGCCACUGGCAGUCAAGGAUAUGGGAAGCUGUGAAGUCUACCCUCAAACUAUACAGCAUAACCCUAAUGGCAGGUUUGUGGUGGUUUGUGGAGAUGGCGAAUACAUUAUAUACACAGCAAUGGCUUUAAGAAACAAGAGCUUUGGCUCAGCCCAGGAGUUUGUGUGGAGCAAUGACUCUUCUAUCUAUGCCAUCCGUGAGGGCAGCAGCAGUGUGAAGAUCUUCAAGAACUUUAAAGAGCAGAAGUCAUUCAAGCCAGACUUUGGUGCUGAGGGCAUCUAUGGUGGCAACAUGCUGGGUGUUCGAUCAGUCAGCGGCCUAGCCUUCUAUGACUGGGAGACCACUGACCUUCUUCGGCGAAUCGAGAUCACCCCAAAAAGUAUUUUUUGGAGCGAGAAUGGAGAGUUAGUAUGCAUAGCCACAGAAGAUUCCUUCUUCAUUUUGAAGUUCAAGGCUGAGGCUGUUGAGAAAGCCAAAGAAGACAAGGAGAAGGUUACAGAAGAUGGCAUUGAAGAUGCCUUUGAGGUGCUGACAGAGGUUGAUGAGAGCGUGAGAACAGGUUUGUGGGUGGGUGACUGCUUCAUUUACACCAACAGCGUCAACCGCCUCAACUACUAUGUUGGUGGUGAAAUUGUCACCAUUGCUCAUUUGGACAGAGUUAUGUAUCUUUUGGGCUAUAUCCCAAAGGACAACCGCCUGUACUUAGGAGACAAAGAGCUCACCAUUGUCAGUUAUUCCCUCCUGGUGUCCGUUCUUGAGUACCAGACAGCUGUCAUGCGUCGUGACUUUGAGACAGCAGACAAAGUUCUUCCUACCGUGCCCAGAGAGCAACGCACACGUGUGGCACACUUCUUAGAAAAGCAGGGCUUUAAAUCACAAGCAAUGGCUGUGACCUGUGACCCAGAACACAAAUUUGAACUAGCAGUGCAGCUGGGAGAUCUACGUAUUGCUUAUGAUCUUGCAAAGGAAAUGCAGUCUGAGCAGAAAUGGAAGCAGUUGGCAGAGCUGGCAAUCCGCAAGUGUGAGUUUGGCUUGGCCCAGGAGUGUUUGCACCAGGCCCAGGACUUUGGGGGUCUCCUUAUGCUGGCCAGUUCUGCAGGCAACAGUGAAAUGGUUGCACGGCUUGGAACUACUGCCCAAGCUGCUGGACAGAACAAUGUAGCUUUCCUGUCCAACUUCAUCCUUGGCAGGUGUGAGCAAUGCUUAGAGAUCCUGAUUUCUACAAACCGCCUGCCAGAAGCAGCAUUUUUUGCUCGUACUUAUCUUCCCAGCCAGAUUUCUAGGGUGAUCGGACUGUGGCGCCAGAGCUUGUCAAAAGUGAACAAAAAAGCAGCAGACUCUUUGGCAGAUCCCACAGAGUAUGAGAAUCUUUUCCCAGGGCUACGAGAUAUCUUCAAGGCUGAGCAGUACGUGGCUACCCAGAGAAAUGAGCAGGGUCUUCACCCAGCUUCUGCAUACCCUUCUGUACCGGCUAACUCUGAGCGCAAUGUGGUUGAGGAAAUGAAACAGGCAGAGGAGAGUGGGGAUUUCAUCUACAUUCCUCCUGCUGAAGAAGCUGAAGGUGAAGACUUUCAGGAUGCUAAAUCAACUGAUGCUGCAGACGACGAAUCUGAGCUGCCUGCACCUACACUAGUCUCUCUGUCUAAUGAUGCACCAACACCAUCCACCCCGGUCAAAACUCCAGCACCCAUUGCUGCCGAAGCUACGCCCAGUGCUAUCCAGAAGUCAAUAGAGGACAUUGAGAAAGAGUUGGAGCUAGAUUUGGAGAAUGUGCAGAUCGAUGAUAUAGAUACGUCGGCUGUGGAUGCAGAAGAGGAUGUCAACCUGGACGAUGACCUGUUGGAGGAUUAGUCCAGCCACGGUCGCCGUCAUCGACUGCAGCUGUCUUAUCGUCGCAGUCAACGUCUUACGAAAUAUCUCUAUCAACGGGCACCAGCCCAGCAGGUCUGUGAGCAGGCAAGACACCCGCUGGGGAUCGAUGACGACAGGCUUGUGCUUCUUUACGACCAAUCAGAACUGUCUUUGCAGCUGGCGCGGGGGGAGAAAAAGGCUCGACUUGUAAUCGUCUGGGUUAGCGUGCUUGUGUGCAUGUGUGUGUGUGAACUCGAGUGUAAAGACAUGAAUGCGAGUCUUUUUUUUUUUUUGUUCUUCAUCGACUUCUUUCAUAUUUUCCACAAUAAAGGGGUUUACAUAGUGUGGGCCAGUUCGUGGUUUUGUACUCUAGACGUCGGAGGGAUGGUGUGAAAAUCGUUUGCCGACUUGCACCAGCCUCAGCUAGCAGUCAGAUCGUGGGAAGCUGUUUCAGAGCUCAGGGUUGGGAGUAGUUCAGCGUGCCGCCACAAAGCGAGGCACGAAGGUCAACCGAAGGAACGAAGCAUUUGACAGUGACAAGAGCAACAAUGUCAGGUGGCAAAAAGGUGCCUGAAAUGAUGGCUUUUGUGUCGUGAGAAGGGUCCAAUGCCCCUGCAGAUGAAGUUUCAGUAGAGGAGCAUCAGCUUUCUGACAGUCGGUACUGUUUGUAUUUAUAACUACAAAAUUUCUUAUAAGUUCGUAACCACUUGCAAGAGCGCGAAGAGAUGUUAUAUGUUGUAUUCAGUCAGCGAUGGCCUGAGAUCUUUGUAUUGAGCGAUUGAUCACACGAUGUACCUUCUUACCAUCGUUCACCUUCUGUCGCCGUGCGCUUAACAGCGUUUGAAACGUUUGUUGAAGCUGUUAACGAUGGUGAAGGACGCGGCGGCCUCAGAAAUUCCUUUCUGUGAUGUAGAUAAACCUGGAGGUUUGUGGACUGGUUAAAUAAAUAAAAGCGUUGUUUCCGUUUGUCGGGGCA